AUGGGCAGCAUGGGCUCACGACCUGGAAUGAGCAUGGGCAACAUGGGGAUGGCAUCCGGUGGGAGCAUGAACAGCAUGAUGAACAGCAACAUGGGCAUGAACAGCAUGGCCGGGCUUCAGCAACAACAGCAGCAGAAGCCGCAACAGAAGAGCGGGUUGGAUAAGUACGAGAGUCUCAUUUAG